AUGGGGGGAGAAAACAAUUUCGACGGUUUGUCCUUCUUCGAGAAUAAUGAGUUUCAAAAUAUUAACCGAGAUUUUUUGAGGGGAUCCAUGGAUAGCACGGCAAAUGAAGAAGAAAAGGGUCUCAUACAGAAGGCAAUUAGUUUAUCUAAAAAAGGAGCAGAGAAUAUACAGAAGGGUAUAAAGAAGACGUUGGAAAAAACGAACCUAAAUAAUGCGCCAUCACUAGUGUCCAACUCGACGACUGCAGAAACGGGAUCCAUGUUUUCAAAUUUUCCACUGUUUAAUAGUCAAAGUAGAGAGAAUGAACCGAAUUCCUUCUUCGCAUUCACCACUGUAUUGUCGUAUAAAAAUUUCCCUCUUUUCUGUUUAUUCUUUGGGAUCAGCAUUUUAUUCCUAAUAUUGUCAUUCUUUACUUUGCCCAUGAUUGUUAUCACUCCGCGGCAGUUUGGCUUCUUCUUCACUUUGUCCUCCAUCUGCUUCGUAACUUCGUUGGCCUUUCUCAAGGGCUUUUCGAGUCUCUACUACCACUUGAUGGAGAAGAAUCGCCUCCCAUUCACCGCGGCGUACAUUUUAUCCCUCCUCUCCACUCUUUACUUCACCGUCAUUAAGCCUUUAUAUUUAUUGGCCUUGAUCACAUCCAUUGUACAAGUGUUCGCCCUCAUAUCUUUUAUAGUGUCCUACAUACCAGGCGGGUCAGGGGCAAUUAAAAUGUUGCUAACAACUCUGUUCACGUACAUCAAAAAUUUGUUUCGAAGAGGCAAUUCAUCAGACUUACCUUUUUAA